AAUUCUCCAUAUAUAUAUAUAUAUAUACCCUUAUGAGUAACAGGGGUGGCGAUAUUUAAGAAUUAAAAAAAAAAUAACGUCAAAAACACCUACAAUUGAAUAAUCGAAAAACAUAACGUGUCUAAAACUCUAACCUCACAUUUUUUUUUAUUGCAUUCUGCCUGCUUAAGUUUUCAAUCAUUAAACUGGAAAACAUAAAAUAAUGGCCAAUGGAAAAUGGAAAAGCUUUUGGUACGUACUGCGUUGAAAAGUUCUUCAAUUCCUUCCCAAAUCACUAAUCAGAACAACAGAUAGCAAAAAUGGAGGUCAAAUGGCUAAACCCAUCUCUUAUAUUGCUAUUAUUACCUUUAUUCAUCAUCAAAUUCAUAAUUCAAACACACAAAAAAUCACCUAAACUUCCUCCAACUCCAAUUAGCCUUCCAUUUAUAGGCCAUCUUCACCUUCUAAAAAUACCACUUCACAGAACCCUCCAGAAACUUUCACAAAAACAUGGUCCCUUAAUAUCUCUUAAAUUUGGAUCUCGUUCUGUAAUCAUAGUCUCAUCUGCAUCACUCGCAGAAGAAUGUUUCACAAAAAACGAUAUGAUUUUUGCUAAUCGCCCACUUUUUCUUAUGGGUAAAUACCUUGGCUAUAACGGCAAUACAAUGGUUACUGCUCCAUAUGGUCAACAUUUCCGGAACUUGCGUAAGAUCAGUUUACUCCAACUUUUAUCAACUAAUCGUCUUAAUAUGACAGUUAGUAUCCGACGAGAUGAAAUGAUUGCAAUGAUUGGGAAACUGAAUGAGGGUUUGAAUUUAGGGUUUGGUAAAGUGGAGCUGAAAUGGGGUUUUCGGGUAUUGGUUUUUAAUGUGUUAUUGAGAAUGCUUGCUGGGAAAAGAUAUUAUGGUGAAGAUGUGGUGGAUUUAGAGGAAGCAAAGAGGUUUACUGAUGUAAUUAGACAAGUUCUUGAGCUUGCAGGUGCUUCUAAUCCUUUGGAUUUUGUACCUGUGUUGAGAUGGAUUGAUUAUGGUGGGUAUAUAAAGAGGAUUAAAGGACUUGCUACGGAAACUGAUGGAUUCUUGCAAGCUCUUGUGGAUGAACAUAGAAGUGGGGCAGUUGGGUCAGAUGGUGAAGAAACUUUGAUUAGUCGUUUGAUUUUGUUGCAGGAAUCAGAUCCUGAGUACUAUACUGAUGAGACUAUUAAAGGGCUUAUAUUAGUGUUGCUAGUUGCUGGGACUGACACUACUUCGACAACCAUGGAAUGGGCGAUGUCACUACUACUAAACAAUCCUAACGUUUUAGACAAGGUGAAAUCCGAAAUAGACAAUGAAAUCGGACAGCAUCGUCUGUUGGAAGAGGCGAAUCUUCCUAAAUUACGAUACCUUCAAGACGUCAUUUUAGAGACACUAAGGCUCUUCCCUGCAGUUCCACUUCUGCUACCUCAUUUGUCAUCUCAGGAAUGUCAAAUAAGUGGUUAUCAUAUACCGCAAGACACCAUGUUGCUGGUCAAUGUAUGGGCUAUUCAUCGAGACCCAACUUUGUGGGAUGAGCCUGAGGUGUUUAAGCCUGAGCGUUUUCAGACUACUGAGGUUGAUCAAUGUAAGUUGUUGCCUUACGGUGCAGGUAGGAGAAGUUGUCCUGGGGCGACAUUGGCCAAUAGAAUGGUGGCUUUGGCUUUGGGAUCGUUGAUUCAGUGCUUUGAUUGGAAAAGAGUCGGGGAUAAGGAAAUAGAUAUGACUGAAGGCCAAGGGCUUAACAUGCCGAAAGCACAGUCUCUUGAGGCUCUGUGUAAAGCACGGCCUAUCAUGCGCAAAAUUCUUACAUCUCCACAAAGAUGAUGGAUCUGUUCGGCAAAUGGUGGUUGGUUGUAAUAGUCGAUUUGUUUUGAUUACUAAAAAUUUUGGCUGGUUUGCUUACUAUUAAGCAAGCUGUUUAAGCCAAUUAUGAAAAUAUUUGAUAAAAAUUAAUUGUUAGUUGUAAAUUGUGUAUUAGAAAAAAAGUAUAUUAAAUAUUCAAAAUCUAAUGAAAAAUAUACUCCCUCCGAACCAAA